AUGUGUAUGAUUCACUCGCACGUAGCGAGCAAAUUCGGAGUGAACAGAGGUUCCAGACAGCACCAUGGAGGUUUAUAUCGAGACGAGACUGGCAUAAUGUAUUGUUAUUCUGCACCAACUCUUGCGCUCAGAUACCCAAGAGGAACUUCAGCCACGGCAAGACAAGACAAUCUCAAUCAUCUUUAUUAUCCUCUUUCAGCCGGUAUAUCUUGUCACUCACUCGCUCGAACAGUCGCAGAGUUGCUAUCGAAGAACACUAUCACCUACUGCGAUCACUCUACUACAUUUCCAACGAAAAUGCCUGAUAAGAAUUUCCCCCAUUUACUAGACACCUACGCGUUCACAACACACAGUGACACCGUUAAAGAGACCAAGGAGAAGCUUCAGAAAGUCAAUUUUGAAAGGGCGAAAAUGGAGGUUGAUAAGGAAUAUAUCGAGAGGAGGAUCGAUAAGCUAUGUGACGGCAGGAGCACGGUGCAAGGGUGCCUGGAAAGGGCUAGGGAUAGAGAGGAGGAGAGCAAGCUGAGAGGACAGGAAGCUCAAAGGAAGAAAUCGGCGAAGCUGGCGGAUUCGUAUGAACGCGAGAUCGACAAGCAUGAUGAGUACAUUGAUACGCUGGAAGAGACGCUGGAAGAUUUAGACAGGAAACAAAAGAAGUGGGAUCGUGAGCAGAAGAAGCUUAGGGAUAUUGAGAAGAUGUCCGAAUGCUCAUCGAAAUAUCGCAAUACACAUAUAGAGCUUCUCGCCCAGGGCAGGCCUGAGGAGGGUCAAUCUGAACCUGAAAAGGAACAAAGCGGGGAGGAUGACUCUGAAGAGUACGCAACUACGAAAGAUGAAACAGAAAAGAAGUCGGCUAAGAAAGUCAGGUUCAAGGAGGACUCGCAAAAGAAAUAUUCAGAAAAGAACAAAUCCCGCAAGAGGGAUUCUGACAACAAGGACUCUAACAAAAGAGAGUCACGAAAGAAAGACUCCCACAAAGAAGGCAAUCAUGAGAAAUCUACACCUAAGAGUCCCAGCAUCGGUCUUUGGGAUACAGCGACGAUAUAUCAGUUGAAUAAUUGCUUGAUCGAAGCGAAAGCUAAAUUGAAAGAUGUCCAAGAGAAAGUGAAAGCACUUGAAGAGAAGAAUAAGGCGUUACUGAAGGAAGAAGAGGAUCUCCAAACCGAGAUUGAUACGUUCAGGAAAAGUAUUAGGAAGAAGCGAUCAUUAGCCUUGAUAGUGGAUUGGCCUUGA